GUUAGCAUGUAGCCGCUAACACAUUCCACCGGCCGCCAUGAAAACACGUAGACUUUAAACGGAGCCGCGGAGGAGUCAUGUCGCUCCGGGACGUGGCGGCGGGAUGUAAACUGUUCACUGCGCUGCUUCUGAUUCUGGGUCCCCCUGCUGAAGACAGACACACUGGUUGUGCUCAUGCCGUGGAGCAGCAGGAGCUCGCUGCACGCAGAUCUGCUGAACUCGAGGAUGUGGUCUUUGUGAUCCAGAGCCAGAGAAACUCCUACCACGCCCGUCGAGGGGUUCAGAGGAGGGCGGAGAUUCUGCUGCAGGCAGCUGAACUAGGACAGGUGGUUCCGGUUGUUCUUCUUCUUCAUGAGCUGUCGGAGUAUGCAGGGGAUUGGAGUAUCCUCCCUGCGCUUCCUCUUCUCUCUGCCACAUACGGCCAAUCAGCUUCCUGGUUUUUCUUCAUAGAGGAGGAGACCAGAGUCUCACUGGCUGCUCUGCUGCAGGUCCUCCACAGGUAUCAAGUCCACGAGUCACAGGAAUGGUUUCUGGGUAAACGUCUCCAUGACAACGAGGCUUCCAUCAUCCACCAUUAUGCUUUCUCUGAAGACCCCAGUUCCUUUGGUUACCCUGACCCUGCAGCAGGCUGGGCUCUCAGCACCCCCCUGCUCCACAGACUCACUGAGCGGAUCCAACACGGGAAUCUGAAGUCAGACUUUACCAUCGACUUGAAGCAUGAGAUUGCUUUGUAUAUUUGGGAGGAAGGAAAAGGUCCAAAGCUGACAGCAGUUCCAGAGUUUUGCACCGAGCCGAGAGACAACUGCGCUACCACAUUUACGACCUACCUGCCUAACUGUGGAGAUUCAGUCUCGAAGAACGACGUAUUUGUUGCUGUGAAAACUUGCCAGAAGUUCCACAGGGAGCGAGUGCCAGUGGUGAAAGCAACAUGGGAGAGUGACGCUGGGUUUCUGGAGUAUUACAGCGACGUCACUGACGCCUCCAUACCCACCAUCAGCCUGGGAGUGCCCAACACUGAGAGAGGACAUUGUGGGAAGACAUUUGCCAUCUUGACGCGGUUCCUUAGUGACACUGGGCCAAAGGCUGAUUGGCUUCUCAUUGUUGAUGAUGAUACACUCAUCAGUUUACCCAGGUUGCGGCGACUGCUGCGCUGCUAUGAUCCAAAGGAAGCGGUGAGCCUCGGGGAGAGAUACGGCUACAGCCUGAUUAACCACGGAUACAGCUACACCACAGGAGGCGGAGGGAUGGUGCUUAGUAGGCCUGCAGUCUCCAGGCUCGUCUCCAGUGGUUGUAGAUGCUACACUGAUGAUGCUCCUGACGACAUGGUGCUGGGCCGGUGCUUCACUUCCCUCGGUGUCCCCAUCACACACAGUCCACUGUUCCACCAGGCUCGACCGGACGACUACAACCACACGCUGAUCUCCUUGCAGCAGGCCAUCUCCUUCCACAAGCACUGGAACGUAGAUCCCGUGGCCGUCUACAGACACUGGCUGCAGGAAACACACCCACGAGAUGAACUGUAGAAACACUGCACAGUAACAAACUGUACAAACCUAUGUUGCACUGUAGCGUAAAGUUAAUGAUGUGCAAAGUAAAUCAAUAUUUUUUAUAUCAGUAUUAAAUCUAAUGUCUCUGUGCGCCAGGUGGAAUGGGUUGUAAAACAUUAUGGCCCAAGUACGUCUCUCCAGAGGUUUAGCUCAUCAUCAAAUAAACUGCACAUUCACAGCAAACAAUAACUUAACUUAACAGAGUGGAUGCUAAUGUUUCUUUGCCUCUGCUGGAUGUGUCAGGAGAUAAUCGUUUGCUCACAUAUUUGCCAUUAUCUGUGUUUAAGCCAUGGAUAAGUGAAUGGUGGUGUCUUUUAAAACGUUUUGCCGUCGAACAUCCAUUUUAAAAAUGUGUCAUGAAGAUCAGCUCCACAUGGACGAACUUAAUGUUUUAAAGAAUAUGGAGAACUUACUGGUGACAACUGUUUUUUUGUUUUGCUUUUUGGUUCAGCAUCAGUGAGUGUUUGCAUCUGUAAGUCAAUACUGCAGCCACCCUGUUUGUUGCUGGUUUUGUGAGUCUGAGCGUCACUUUACCCCCAAACUGAACGCAUACUGCUCUUCGUCAAUAUUUAAAUGUAAACACCCCCCCACCCCUCCCCCCACCCAUUAUGCAGCAACACGUGUGUAUGAGGCUUUAGAUAUUUACUUUAUUGAAGAGCGAUUAUUUCAAUGUAUUUUUUAUGUUUGACCAGCAUCUUUUUGCUUGCUUACCAGAUCUUUGCAUUUUUCCUUUUUUUUUAUUUCUGUUGGUUUUGUAUCUGUGAAACAAAAAGUUUACCAAGUUGAUAACAACCGAGUGAGUGUUUCUCUGAAGGAGGAUUUUUCAAUAGAACUUAUUAGAAUUUUAUAUUUUUGUGAGGCUGUCUGUCUGUCUGUCUGUCUGUGUGUGUGUGGGUCUGUGUGUGUGUGUGUGUGUGGAUGCGUGUGGACGGGUGUGAGAGUAAUUAUGACCACAGCUGGCGAGCCUGUAUGAAAAUGCCAUUUUACAUCUUUUUUUGAGAAUAUAUAAAUGUCUGUGUGCACUUACUGAAAACCACAUUUUCUAGAAUUAAAUGGGCAGAAAAUAAAACAUUAAUCUACUUGGAUAACAAA